UUCCUUUAUAACCCCACAACCAUCACUCCAUCCACACUUAUGUUUUUUUUUUACCUUUGGAUUUGCUCAUUUUGGCGGACAAAUUGGAUUACUGGCAACGUUUUUCCCCACAUAUACUGUUACAGAUCUGAAGGAAAUGGAAGUGCUUUCUUAGGAUUAGAGCAAUAUAUUUUUUAGUUAGCUGGGACAAGGAAUAACUUUGUAAGAGGAUCUAAAAAAAAUGGAAUAUCAUAAAGGGUUUCUGAUUAUUUAUCUAUCUAAUUAGUACGUUUGUUUUCCUUGUCCUGAUUAUUUUACUCAACCAAAAUAUUUCACUUUUCUCUUCUUUUCUUUCUUUUUUUUUUUUUUUUGUCGUUAUAGAUGACAAUGUCAUAAGAUGAAUAUCUCUCUCUGCGUGACAAUACGAUUACAACUUAGAGGCAUUUUAUCUUCAAAACUUAAGUGGAAUUAAUGGAAAUUAUUACAAUAGAUUAAGCUGAUGAUCUGUUGGGCUAAUUAGCAGAUUUGAACCGUAAUUUCAGAAGUUCGUCAACAGGAAUAUUCCGGAUCCUUUUGGACCUCAGAGUGAUAUGAGGGGAACAACCCCAAUGUAACAGGCACAGCUGUCAGACUGAAAGAAACAAGAGCUGAUCACUAAUUCAGAGACAGACAGGUAGUCAGACAGACAGGCAAUCUGAUGCCAACGGUGUCCUCCGUGACUCUCACGGGACGACUCCUCCUGCUGUUGCUAUGGGCACCCCACCUCACCAUGGCAAGCAACUGGCUUUCUCUGGCACGUCUGCCGCGCUCGCGUCCUGUGUCUGGUGCAGAACCAUGUGGCCGUCUGAGGGGGUUGACACCAGGCCAAGUCGGGGUGUGCCGGGCACGGGGGGAGGUCAUGGAGUCCGUGAGAAAGGCUGCAGAGAUGGUCAUUGAGGAGUGUCAACACCAGUUUCGAAACCGGCGCUGGAACUGUUCCACCACCCCUCGCGGGAUCAAUAUUUUUGGACGAGUCAUGAACCAAGGCACCCGUGAGGCUGCUUUUGUCCAUGCUCUUUCAUCAGCAGCAAUCGCUGUAGCUGUGACUCGGGGCUGUAGCAGGGGAGAACUGGAGAGGUGCGGUUGUGACCGAAAGGUCAGGGGGGUCAGUCCUGAAGGUUUCCAGUGGUCUGGCUGCUCUGAUAAUCUGUCCUAUGGCGUUGCAUUUUCUCAGACGUUUGUGGAUGAGGCAGAGAGAGCUAAAGGAAUGUCAUCAGGGCGGCCGCUAAUGAACAUUCACAACAAUGAGGCAGGACGAAAGGCGAUUCUUCAUAACAUGCAAGUUGAGUGUAAGUGUCAUGGUGUUUCGGGGUCCUGUGAGCUCAGAACGUGCUGGAAGGUCAUGCCUCCGUUCCGCCGGGUCGGUGCUGUGCUGAAAGAACGCUUUGAUGGGGCCACAGAGGUUCGGCUGACACGUGUGGGCUCUCGGACAGCCCUCCUUCCUCGGGACCCCCAAGUGAAGCCACCAGCCGCACGGGACCUGGUCUACCUAGCCCCUUCACCAGAUUUCUGCCGCUUGGAUCCAGACAACGGCAUUCCUGGCACUGCAGGACGACGGUGUAAUGGAACCUCACGGUUGGCACCAGACGGAUGUGAACUGCUAUGCUGUGGCCCAGGUUUUCGAGCAGGCCGGGCUGAGGUGGUCCAGCGCUGCUCCUGUAAGUUCUCCUGGUGCUGCUCGGUUCGCUGCCAGCAGUGUAAGAACACAGUGCUCAUCCACACCUGCCGAGAAUGAGACGUACCUGGAAAAACCGCACAACCACACCAGAAGCACCUCAUCUCAUGCCAGCCUGCAUUGAUGCCCACAUGAUGAACACCAAACCUGCUCCACUUAAAACAUUCUGCAUUAUGCCGCCUAUUUGGUGACUUUAAAGUUCUUUCCGAUGUGACAUUACAUUAUAUAAUUAUUUUAAU